UAAUAAUAUCUAUAUAUAUAUAAUAAAAUGAUUAAGGCAAAUUGGUCAAGUUCCUCAGCAUUCAAUUUAGAAUUAGCUUUAAGCGAAAGUCAAGAUUGGAUCGAACGUGUUGUCGGGGAAAAAUUUAAAUAUCCAAAUGAUUUUCAAGAAUCAUUAAAAGAUGGUGUUUUUUUAUGUAGACUCAUAAACACCAUUAAACCAGGAUGUGUCAAUAAAAUUAAUAAUGCUACAACAGAUUUUGCAAAAAGAGAAAAUUUACAAUUCUUUGUAAAGGCUGCAAAAGUUUUAGGUUUAAGAGAUACCCAACUAUUCGAAUCAAACGAUCUUUAUGAAAACCAUAGAGUUAGAAAUGUUGCAAUUACUUUAUAUUGGCUUGGAAGAGCUGCUAGAAGCAUCAAUACUUAUAAAGGUCCACAAUUAGAUUUAUUAAAAUUCCAAGGUAUGAAUUGUUCAGCAUGUAAAAAGGCCAUUACAGAUAAUAAUUAUUUAGCAACAAUGACCACUCAAUAUCACACAAGUUGUUGUAAUUGUUGCAAUUGUGGUCAAAAGUUGGAUCCAAAAAAGAAAUUCUAUCAAGAAGGUAAUAAUAUGUGGUGUGAAAACUGUAUGAUUGGUGCUACUAGUAUUGGAAGUGGUAAUGGACCAAACAAAGGAAAGAAUAGUAAUAAACAUGAUAAUGACUGUUCAAGCUGUCAUGGUUCACUUGAAAAAGGUUACGUCCCAGGUGAUGAUGGUUCAUCUAAAUAUUGUACUCAAUGUAUUUGUGAUUUAUGCCACUCUCCACUAAUUGGUAAUUUCCAAGUUAAAGAUGGUAAAAAGAUUUGCGACGAUUGCACUUGCAAGAGCUGUGGUAAAGGAUUAGAGGAUGGAUUCUUUGAAGAGGGUAUCUCAAAAUAUUGUGAACCAUGUGCCAAUAACCGUAAGAAACAACCAGUUCAAAAAGCUGCUCAACAUACACAUGGGGAUCAUUGUGAUCAUGGUAAAUCUCAUUCACACUCACCAACUAAAAUAUCACCAACCUCUACUACAAAUACCAAUUCUAAUAAACCAAAAGACAAUUGCAAAAUAUGUAACAAAACAUUAGAUGGUAAACAAAAGAAAGGUGAUGAUAGGGAUAAGUUUUGUACACCACAUGAAAAAGAUGGUUGUUGUGGAAAGUGCAACAAAGAAAUUAAUGGACCAGCUCUUCAGGCAUUGGAUAAGAAUUGGCACCCAGAGUGUUUCUCCUGCGAGAAAUGUGAUCAUAAAUUUAAACCAAACGAGCAAAUUAAAAAAUCAUCUAAAGGAAACCCAUUAUGUGGCCCAUGCUCAUCAGGUGGUAAUAACAAAUGUAAAGAAUGCAAUAAGGAUAUUGUCGGGAAUGGUGUUGAAGGACAUGAUGGUGUUUAUCACAAUGGUUGCUUUAAAUGUAGAUCUUGUGACAAGGUACUCAAAGAUUCUUAUCAAGAAAUCGAUAAUGAACCAUAUUGUGACCCAUGUGCUAAACAAUUAAAUCAAGUUUCUCAAGGCAAUAAACCACAACAAGGACCAUUUAUUACCUCAGGUUGGAAAGACACUGACAAUUGUGAUAGUUGUAAAAAAUCUCUUCAUGGUGAAGUUGCUAAAACUGGACCAAGUACCUAUUACCAUAAGGGCUGUUUUAAAUGUCAAGGUGCAGCAUGUGGUGCAGCAUUAAUCAAUGGUUAUUUCCCAAAUAAUAAUAAACCUUAUUGCAAACCAUGUAGUGACAAGAUGAAUACUGAAGGAAAAUGCGGUGUAUGUAGCAAACCAAUUGUUGAUGGUGCAAUUGUAAAAGCAGGAAAUAUUAUCUUCCAUAAAGCCUGUUUCAAGUGUACAAAAUGCAAUACAGUUAUUGGUAAUGGUACUGCAUUAACAAGAUUCUCUAAACCAUAUUGCCAUUCUUGCUUUGAAAAAGAAAAACUUCAAUGCGCCAAAUGCAGAAAUCAAAUUACAGGUGAAGUUGUACAAUGUGAUCAUAAGGAUUAUUGUGUUAAGUGUGCACCGGCUCCAACCAACACUGUUACCCAUGGUGAUAGAAUCAGCCAUGGCUGGACAAUAGAUCCAAGAUCGGGUAGAAAGAAAUUCAAUUAAACACAAAAACUUUUUAUCAAAAAAUAACUCAAUAAACUUUUUUAUAAUAAUGAUUAUUUAAUGU